UUUUCUUUUUCACAAACACUAUUUCUUAAUGGAUUUAUAAAUGCAACACACAGACACUAUUUUCAUAUAUGGAAUAAAAAUAUACAGCCACAGUAAGAAACAAAUCUGAAAUGCCAAUAAAUUAAAUCAUAUUUAACAUGAUAAACCCAGUGAAAUUUUGUGGGAAUGAACAUCUCUCCUGUCCUCUGUUUGCUCUGUAGAUGCAUAGACUGUCUGUCUCAGUAAGAUUUUAGAUUUGUGGCAAACUAAGAGUACACUGCAAAAUAACAAAAAUGAUAGCUUCCUCUUUAGCUUAAUUAUAAUAAUUAGCAUCAGGGUUUUUCCUGGCUCAGAAAGGGGAUUUGGUGGUGAUGUCUGUGGCGUGCGCGUCGCAAAAUUUGGGGGAUAUACAUUUACAGAUCAUGCAAAUGUAUUAAGCAUGACUGCAUUUGAUAUUGGCUAUACAGUUAACAAGAUUAAAGUCAUCUCGCUUGUCACCAGACUGACUGGUAGACUGUGGCAGUGAGUAAGUCAGGGCUUGACGCUAACUUUUUUCCCAAGGAGCACAUGUGCUCCCAAGUUGAAAAAGUUAGGAGCACAGAAAGAAAUUUAGGGGCACAAUGAAAAUUGAUCACAUAAUGUGUUUUCCGUAAUAAAAAGGGAUACAUCAAAUCCUCAUCUGGGUCAGGCUUUUCCUCCUUUACUUCAGUGCUUCAUCCUCUGAACACCACAAGCUGGCGAGAGUAACACACAACAUACUGUUAAGAACACCACAAGAUGGCCAGAGUAGCGUAACAUUAACACACAACACGCUGUAAGAAAGGUGCUGCCCCUCUCAAUUUAAAUAUACUGUCAAAUUCUAAUUAUGGUCACUGUUUGUCUGACCAUACGCUGUGUUACUGACUCUGAAUCUUGCUAGUAUAACGUUAGCUUUCUAGCUUAUAGCUGAGCCAGACGCUCAAGUUUGUCAGCGGACUGCGGGAAAGCGGUGAGGUCUGGCGGAGGCUGCUGUGAAGAUCUCGGCCUCUCCAAGCCGACCUAGAAACGCCGCGGAUAUUUGAAACGUUUAUUUCUCCUCCCUUCCCCACGUCUAUGCAGGAAAAACCCUGAAUGACUUACCUUCAAGAUGAUUUAGCCGCUCCUGCCUCCAUUAGACCUGACCACCGUCGUCCUCUUCUUCUUCACUGUGUGUUUUUUGCGGACAACGAAGUGCACGUCACCAGUGGCGUCCCUAGGCUAAAACAUUCGGGGCUAAAGCCCUGGAUGUUUUUUUAAUUAGCCCCAAAUAUUAAUUUUCAAAAAAUAAAAAAUAAAAUAAUAUUUCUUUUUUUUAUUUUUUUUUUUAAGAUCACAUCCUCAAACUACGGUUAUCUUAUGUUGAUGCUUCAAUAAAACAGUGUUUUUGGACAGGUUUGAGUAACAAUUAAUUAUUAUUUUUUUUAAAAAGCCACUACUUUGGCUUUGGCACACAAGUGGUUAACACCUCCAGGUCGCACGUGACGUCAUUCACCCAAAACAGCAGCGUCAGGCAGCAGGCGCACUUGACAACAGGCAGGCUUGACAACAGCAAGCUGUUCAGCUGUCUUUGGGAUGUCACAAAAAAAGAUUUCCAUGUUUUUCCCCCCAAAGGUGGUCAGCAAUCAAAGAGAAAUGAGAACAGAUUCAGCAGACAGAGGUGCUACCAGUGAUGCUGCUGACCAGAGCGAGGACAAUGCUUGUGCAGGUACCUGUAGUAGUGUAGGCUAUGUAAAGAUUAUUCCAUCAAUAGCUCAUUGGCUUUGGAACUAAAAUGUGAGUGAGGCCAUAGCUUUAUUUUCUCUCUUUCCCCCCUUUUUGGCAAUGCAGAUGACUCGAGGUCAGGGAGGACAGGGAGCCUGUUAGGCAAGAAUGAUUUAGGGACACGAGAAACGGGCUCAAAGCAACCCAGACUGGACCAGUACCCCUCGACCAGUUUUGGGAAGCAGCAACGGUCUUUCCAGAAGCAAUGGUUUGAUUCGUUUGACUGGCUAGAGUAUUCUCUAAGCCGAAAUUCUUCGUACUGCUUCUCGUGUAGGCUCUUUGGUAAACUCAACCUUAGAGCAAACAAAGAUGCUCUCCUCAACACGGAGGGCUUUAAGAACUGGAAAAGGGCCUUGGAUAGCUACAGAGAGCAUGAGGCAAGUGCUGUCCUCAAGUCAUCUCUCCUAGCCUGGAAAAAUUAUAGAGCUACACUAACAGAAGGUGAUGUUGUUGACCAAAUGAAUGUGGGAAAUGUUGCCCAGAUUAAUGAAAGGAGGGAGUACAUGCAGCGUAUUGUGGCAGUCACUAGCUUUUUAGGCAAACACGGGAUGGCUUUCCGGGGUCACCGUGAAAAUGCUGCCAGUGAUAAUCAGGGGAACUUUUUAGAAGUUAUGAAGCUAUUGGAAAGAUUUGACCCCUUCCUCCAAAACUAUCAGGCCCCUUCCCAUUCUACAUACCUUUCUCCUAACUCGCAAAAUUGCAUGAUAAAAUGUUGCGCUGAUGCAGUCACGGCAAGCAUAGUGGAAGAGAUCAAGACAUCCAAAAUGUAUGCAGUGAUGGCAGAUGAGGCAAGAGAUGGCCAUGUAGAACAGCUUGCUGUCUGUGUCCGCUAUGUCGCAGCUGAUGGCACAGUUAAAGAGCGCCUGCUUGAACUUUGCAACCUUCAGGGAUUCAAUGCAGAGUCAAUCACAAAUGCGAUUGAACAAGUAUUGGAAUCAAAUGGCCUGAAUGACCUCCUUUGUGUUGCCCAAGCUUACGAUGGAGCGUCUGUUAUGAGUGGUUCGAUUAGUGGUGUUCAAACCCGCUUUAAAGAGAAACAUCCAGAAGCUGUGUACAUUCACUGCUAUGCUCACAAACUGAACCUGGUUCUCUGCCACACAUGUAAGGCUGUGCAAGAAGCCAGUGAACUCUUUGAAACAUUAGAGAGUGUAUAUAGUUACUUCAGUGUAUCAAUCGUAAAUCAUCAGAAAUUCUCUGAUGUCCAGAAGCUCCUGGGCUUGGGAACAAGCGAACUUGUCCAGCUGUCUAAAAGCCGAUGGGCAUGUCAGGUUAAGUCAGAGAAAGCGAUGCUUGACAAUCUGCAAGCUGACUUGAAGUGCCUGGAAGAGAGUGCAACACCUCUAGGUGUCGGACUACUGUCGAAAUUGUCCAGGCUUUCCCCUGUCUAUCUGCUAGUCAUGUUCAGGAGUAUGCUGUCAACUACAGAGGGGCUGCACGUGUACCUCCAGAAGGAUUCUGUGGACUUGGCCCAGGCAACAGUCUUCAAAGAUGCGGUGCAAGAAACACUAAAAUCCAUGCGAACGGAUGAAAUGGCAGACAAGCUAUUCAAUGAAGCCAAAACCAUUUGUGCUGCCAAUAAUAUACCUCAGAGCCUAACUGGUCGCAGACACAAGCAGAGGAGAAUGGAGGACUUCACUGUAGAGUCCACCUUGGGUGCAAGGGUUCAACUGGGCACAGAAGACCAGCUGAAGCAAUGCCUGUUCUAUCCAUGCCUUGACCGUAUGCUAGCCGAGCUGAACAGCUGGUUUUCUGAUGUGGGAGCAGGACUUACGAAAGGCAUCCAAGCUUGUAACCCAGCGUCUGAUAACUUUUUCUAUGAGGAUUCCCUAGACCUCAUUGCGACACACUACAAAAUGUCAGUGAAAAAAGAGGAGAUCCUAGUAGCAAAACAGUUCAUUACCAGACAGAAGAGAGAAGGUGCCGUGUCAGACAUGGGCAGUAUUUACAAGCUUCUUCACCCAGAUAUGUUCCCCACCUUGAGUCCAGUGCUCCAAGCAGCUUUGACAAUACCUGUCAGUAGUUGCACUUGUGAGCGUUCAUUCAGCGUAUUGCGCCGUCUCCACACCUGGCUAAGGAGAACAAUGGGCCAGGACAGGCUACAUCAUUUGGCUAUGUUGGCUAUCGAGAAGGAUGUCCUUUGUGGCUUAGAUCAUGGUGAUGUCAUUGACCGGUUCGCCCAAGCCACACCAAGGAGAUAAGCACUUAUGCAUAAAGGACCAAAGAAAUGAGGAAGAAACAGAUAGCAACUGAGAAUGAAGAAAGGCAAGUGUAGAGUGAAAGUAAAAAGUUACAAACAAGAAAUGAACAAAGACAGUAGGUGUAGAGUAAGAGUUAAUGCAGAGACCUAAUUGUACAUGAUGACUGAAGAAAGAAAAAGAAAAACAAGAUGUAAAGUCAAGUGUAGAGUGCAAGUUAAGACAGAUAUACUGUACAAGACAAAUGUUUGAAGUAAAACUAAAGACAAAUGAACAAGGAAAAAAGAUGUAAAGAGUACAUUAAUAAAAGUUAAGUACAAGAAACAAAGACAAUAGGUAGAGUUAAGAACAGUUAAGGCAGAGACCUAACCUGAGACCUGUAAGAGAUACAAAUAUUAUGUUAAAGAAUAUGUUAUGUUAAAGAAUAUGUAAAGAAUAAAUACAUAUGAGUAUGUA